AUGGUCAGCGUUGCCGUAAUUGGAGCCGCCGGUGGUAUUGGCCAGUCUCUAUCGCUACUUCUUCUUCGCCAACUGCCGUACGGGAGCACGCUCUCGCUGUACGACGUGGCGGGUGCCCCCGGAGUGGCCGCCGAUCUCUCACAUGUUGACCGCGCCGGCGUCACCGUCAAAUAUGCUGCUGGAAAGCUCCCCCCAGUGAAGCGUGAUCCCGCCCUCGCCGAACUUGCGCGCGGUGUUGAUGUUUUUGUCAUUGUCGCCGGUGUGCCCCGUAAGCCCGGUAUGUCUCGUGACGACCUCUUCAACGUGAAUGCCGGCAUCAUUAUGGAUCUUGUUCUCACAUGUGGUUCCUCAUCGCCGCAGGCAUGUUUCUGCGUCGUGACGAACCCCGUAAACAGCACCGUGCCGAUUGCCGCUGAGGCCUUAAAGAAGCUUGGCAUCUACAACAAGAACAAACUCCUGGGCGUAACUCUGCUGGAUGGGCUCCGUGCUACCCGUUUCAUCAACAACGCUCGCCACCCUCUUGCCGUCGCCUCCGUCCCCGUUGUUGGUGGCCAUAGCGACGUAACGAUUGUCCCACUGUUUUCUCAACUUCCUGGUCCACUCCCUGAGGAGGGGGAACUGACACAGAUCCGCAAGCGUGUGCAGGUGGCGGGUACGGAGGUGGUGAAGGCAAAGGCAGGCCGCGGAAGUGCCACCUUGUCGAUGGCUGAGGCAGGUGCCCGCUUCGCGAUGUUUGUUGUGAACGCCAUCACAGGUCAGUCUUCCCCGAUGGUUUAUGCGUAUGUGGAUACAGAUGGCACUCAGAAUUGCUCGUUCCUCGCAAUACCGGUGGUUCUUGGCAAGAAUGGCAUUGAAAAGCGCCUACCGAUAGGUCCCAUGAAUGCUGUGGAGAAGGAAAUGCUUAAGCAAUCCAUCUCCGUUGUGAAGGCGAACAUUGAGAAGGGAAUGAAUUUCGCGCGCUCAAAGUUGUAA